GGAAACAUGACUUAUUACGUUUCUCCAUGGACAUUGGGAUUAUUUUCCAAUUUCUUUUACGGUCUAGAAAUGGGAACAAGUGCUAAUACUUCCACAUGGGUGAUGAGAGUUUGAACUUGAACCCUGUGCUUCUGCUGACCCUAGAUACUCUCUAGGAAUCCUGUGGAAGUAGGCAAGAAAGAAGAGAAUUCCCAGUGGAUAUGUCAGCCUCCAAUAUGACCUCAACUCAUCCAUCUGCCUUCUUGUUGAUGGGGAUCCCAGGCCUGGAGCACCUGCACAUCUGGAUCUCCAUUCCCUUCUGCUCAGCCUAUACACUGGCCCUGCUAGGCAACUGCACCCUGCUCUUCAUCAUCCGCUCUGAUGCAGCCCUCCAUGAGCCCAUGUACCUCUUCCUGGCCACGUUGGCAGCCAUUGACCUGGUUCUGUCCUCUACAACACUGCCCAAAAUGCUUGCCAUAUUCUGGUUCAGGGAUAGGAAGAUCAACUUCUAUGCCUGCCUGGUUCAGAUGUUCUUUCUUCACUCCUUCGCCAUCAUGGAGUCAGCAGUGCUGCUGGCCAUGGCCUUUGAUCGCUAUAUGGCCAUCUGCAAGCCCCUGCACUACACCAUGGUGCUGACUGGGCACCUAAUCAGGAUUGUCAUGGCUGCUGUACUCCGAGCUGUGACACUAAUGACCCCACUCCCUUUCCUGCUCAAAUUCUUCCACUACUGCCAAGGCCCAGUGAUUGCCCACUGCUACUGUGAACACAUGGCUGCAGUAAGGCUGGCCUGUGGAGACACACGCUUCAACAAUAUCUAUGGCAUUGCUGUGGCCAUGUUUAUUGUGGUAUUGGAUCUGCUGUUUGUUAUCUUAUCUUACAUCUUUAUCCUUUGGGCAGUUCUACAGCUUGCUUCUCAGGAGGCUCGCUAUAAGGCAUUUGGGACAUGUGUCUCUCACAUAGGUGCCAUUCUAGCCUUCUACACACCUGUGGUCAUCUCCUCAGUCAUGCAUCGUGUGGCCCGCCGGGCUCCUCCCCAUGUCCACAUUCUUCUUGCUAACUUCUAUCUGCUUUUCCCACCCAUGGUCAACCCUAUCAUCUAUGGUGUCAAGACAAAGCAGAUUCGUGAGCAAGUCAUAGGACUAUUCCUGAGAAAGGAUGUGUAA